GAGGCGCUAGUGAGUACUGUACAUCAAGUACUGAUAUAACAAUGUCUCAAGUACAUGUAAUUUUAUAUUACGUAUAAAUUAAAUAAAACUCGUAAAUGAUUUUAUUCUAUAAAACAUAGCUUACAUAUCUUAGAUUAUGUCAAUCACGUGUUUUAUUAAAAUUUAACAUAUUUCAAUAUGUCAAAAAUGAACGCGCGAUAGAAAAAUUUGACGCACAUUGACAACAUAAAAAUGCGAUUCCGCUGUAGAUUGAGAAUUCGUCACGUCACAUAUAUAUAAUAUCCAUGAUAUAGAACGACUUUUACGGUAAAAAACCUUACUUUUUACCUUGAGAUAAGAUAUUAUCAUCAAUAGAGAAGAAAGAUAUCUUUUACGGUUGACGUGAGAAUAAAAUAUUUUUCGAACAAUGGAUAUUCUGAAACCCGAAUUAAUUUGGGUAGAUGGCCGAUGUUAUAGAGUAUUAGAAAAUAUUGAACGGACAGAUGCUCGCGACGUUCCUCCUUACUUCGAAGACAAUAAUUACCAUUUGGAUGACAAAGAUUGUGAGGAUGAAUAUUACGAUACAGAUAUAGAAAUUGUACCAUAUGGAUCAACAAAAUUUAAACAUACAUUUCGUGUACCAAAAGCAUUUUUUUCAUAUAUUAUUGGAGCUAAACAUGCAGUACGUAAAAGAUUAGAAAGUGAAACUGGAACGUUAAUACAAAUUCCAAAAUUAGGCCAAGAUGGAGAUAUUGUAAUAAUUGGUUCUGAUCGCAAAGGAAUAAUAACUGCACGUCGGAGAAUAAAUUUAUUAAUGGAAGCAACUAGGAAGAAAUUAGAAUUUACACACUUUUUAUCAAUACCUUUAAAUGAAGGUCAUAUAAUAAUGAAGUUUAAUAUGUUUAAAAAUGAAGUCCUGACAAAUUCAGGAAAGAAAUCCAGAGGUGUGGAUGAAACAAUUUUCCAAACACCAAGUAAAUUACAUCUUACUAUUGGUUUAAUGACAUUACUUGAUGAAACAGAAAGAAAUAAAGCUAUAGAAGCUUUAUAUUAUUGUAACGAGCAUAUUGUAAGACCUACCAUUGAAAAAUAUGGACAAAUUCCUAUACACUUACAAGGAAUUGAUAUAAUGCAGGAUGAUCCUAGUGAAGCAAAAAUUAUAUAUGCAAAGCUAGUUAAUAAAACUGAGGUUUUGCAAAAGAUAGUAGAUGAAAUUGUAGACUAUUAUGUCAAGAUAGGUUUAAUAAUCAAAAGUAAACGUCAAUCAAACAAACUGCAUUUAACUCUUAUGAAUACAAAAUUUCAAAUAAAUGAAGAAGAAAGAAAUAGUAAAAACUUUAUAACAUUUGAUGCAAGAGAAAUAUUGAAGGCUCAUGAAAAUACAACCUUUGGCGAAACCAUAUUAAAACAAAUUCACAUAUCGCAACGUCAUACAAUUGGUAGUAAUGGAUACUAUCUAGCAACUGCAAAAAUUAAUCUACUUGAAGGUUUAUAAAUGAAUUGUAUAUGAAUUUAUAUAUCCAAUUAUUUUUUAAAAUACCAAAAUUAUGAGAUGGCAAUUGGAUAUAAAUAAUUUGUAUAGGAAAUACUUGGUUUAAAGAUAAGAUAUUUUCUAAAAGUAUAUUAGCAUGUUUUUUAAAGUUAUUAUCCUGUUUUAAAUGAAAUUUUGUAUAUUUCUGUUAUUAUAUAGCUUUUAUUUUACUAAAGUAUUUCAUAAGAUGAACCUGUGUAACAAUUUGAAAAUUCGAUUUUCCUACAUAAUUCAUUCUUUAGAUGUAUUUGCAUACCAAUGUAAAUAUUCUGGAUUAAAAUUCUACAUAAUUUCAUAAUGUAAAUAUCCUGGAUUAAGUACCUACAAACUUUAAUCUUUAAAUGCAAAAAAUGUUUUCAAAAGAUUGGACAAUAUUUUUGGUGUUUUAUAUAUGUCAAAAUAUGAAAAAAGGUCCUAUGUAUUCAAGAAAAUAAAUUUUUCGAAUUACAAGCAAAAGAAUAAAUGAAUUUAUAUAUAAAAAGUGUUUAUUAACAUGUCCUGUAUCACACAGGCCAAUAAUAAUCCACAAUAGCAAUUAAACAUAAAGCUUCCAUUGGACUAAAAAAGAUAUAUUUUAACUCAUUUUUUAGUGAAUAUAUACGAAAGAAGAUCUAGGUACCAUGAAUUCAGGCUUUCAUGUCAAGUAUUUUAAUGUAAGUCUUUAACUCUUUUUUUAAUCUCUGUUUAUUCUUAUUUUCUUGCAGUUCUGCAUAGAAGAAAGAUUUAUUAAAUUAGAAUAUUUAAUUAGAAAAUAGUCCUUAUACUGAAUUCCUGACACUUUAAUCUCUUUUUAUCUACUUUACUUCAGUAAUUUAAUAUUGUACAUAUUCGACUACUUAAUGAAUGCUCUACUUCUAUUAACUGUCACAAGUUAUGGCUCACGAGAUACAAAAUGAGUUCAAUAUGUGUACAAACAGCCAAAUAUAAAUUCAAUAUUCACUUUCAAAAUGAGAUUGAUAUAAAAUGUUUUACACAGAUUCUUUGUCACAAAAAAAACUAUUAUAAUUAAAGUUAAUAUAAUUCUUGUCUUCAAAUAAUUCACAAACAAAAAUUUGUAUUGUAUGUAAAUUGGUAUAUAGUAUAUAUUUACUUUUUAUUAUAUUGAGAUUUUCUCAAGUAACUUUUUAAGAAAUUAUAAAAUUAUAAAAAUAUAACGCGUUUGCAUUUUUUAAACCUUGAAGAUCCAGAGCAUUAUUGUUCUCUGUACUUUUUAAACAAGGAGAUCUUCAUGUAUGAUAUUUUUAUAUAAAUUCAAAAUAAAGUAUUUUUUCAAUA